AUGUGUGUGUGUGUAUGUGUUAAUAUUCAUAUCUAUCUAUCUAUCUAUCUAUCUCCUUUCUGUUCAUCUAUCUAUCUAUCUCCUUUCUGUUCAUCUAUCUAUCUAUCUAUCUAUCUAUCUAUCUAUCUAUCUAUCUAUCUAUCUAUCUAUCUAUCUCCAUCUCUUCUAUUCAUAUCUAUCUAUCUAUCUAUCUAUCUCAAUUUAUCUUCCUUCCUUCCUUCCUUCCUUCCUUCCUUUUUCAUUUCAAUCUUGUUUAUUCCAUUUCUUCUCUGUUCCAUUUUCUUUCUUUCUUUUCUUUGCUUUUUCUUUUAUCUUUCAUUUCCGUACUAUCCUGCUUUCUUCUUCUUCUUCUUCUUCUUCUUCUUCUUCUUCUUCUUCUUCUUUUCUUCUUCUUCCCUCUCCUCCUCCUCUACGCUAUCUCGUUCUUUUUUUCUUUCUCUUUACGCAGUAUGUAUAUGCUUUUCAUUCUGCUUUCCUUGUUCCUCUUUUCGUUAUUCUCUUACUCCAUUGUCAUCUCUUUCAUCCUUCCUUUUCGUCCUUUUCUUAAUGAAGUUCUCUGUCUCUAUUAUACAGGUUUCCUUUCUUUCUUUCUUUCUUUCUUUAUUUAUUUAUUUAUUUUACGUGUUUCCUUUUUUUACACGUUUUACUUCUCUAAACUUCAUUUCUUCUAUUGUAAGACUCAUUUUUUAUAGAGCAGUUACUCUUCCUGUAUUUAUACUGACACUUCUAAAAUAUUAUACGUCUUGA